GGGCUGCUCCUCGGCGUGGCGCUGCUGGCGGCGCUGCUGGCCGCGGCGCGAGGGCUCCCCCUGAGGGCGCCGCGAGGCUGGCGGAGGACCCACUCCCCCUCCGUCGCCCUGAGCGAGCCUUGCCUGCAGCCGCCCUGGCCAGGUGCGCUCGCCGGAGAGGAGAGGCGCGGGUGCCAGAGGAAGGCGGCGCUCCGCAGAGUGGCAGGCUGGGGCUGCCGACGUUCCGUCAGUCACAGACGCCCGUGGGGGGCACCUGAAACAAGCCCAGGCCUCAGCCUCCCCAGAUCCCAGCUCUCCAGGGAAGAGGAGGAGCCACCGCUGCUCCCCAGAACCCGCCUGCAGCCAGGGCUGCGCGCACACAGGCACCAGACUCUCAGAGAGCGGGCAGCCCUGAUUCCAGGCAGGGCCACCCCUCCCGGGCCCCAGAGGAUGUAUAGCCUGCUGGCGCUGCAGAAGCUGCCAGGAUUGGCCAACACAGACUUGAGUGCUCCGAACCCCAAUAUCCAGGUGACCAUCGAGGUGGUGGAGGACUCCCAGGCCGAGGUAGAGAUGGACCUGUUGGCUGGGCCCAGCCAUCGCUGGUCCCAGGGUGCCCCUAGCUGGCUGCCCAGCAAGGAGCUCUUCUGGCCUGUCUUCUGGGGCUACUGGGAGGCAACGAAGGGGGUGCCGGUCAAGGGCAGAGCCCCAGGGGAAGAGGAAGAGUGGGAGGAGGAGGAAGAGGAGGAUUACCCUGCAGAGUACAGCAAGGGUGAGGACCAGGAGGAAGAUGAGGAGGAGGAGGAGCCUUGGUCCAGUGGGGCCACAGACAGCUAGGACCAGGGCUGGCUGGCCCCCAGGGACUGGGCCUUCAAGUACUCGGACAGCCACGACUGUGAGCCUCGGGAGGAGCAGAGCCCCUGGUCUCCCUGCAGUGGGAGCUGCAGCAGCGGCAGCCAGUGGAGGACUCGGCCCUAUGGCUAGGCCUGCACUGCCACCGAGUCCUGUGCCUGCGACCUGCCCCCCUGUCCUGGCACUGAGGACGAGAACACCUUGGGCUUCCCUAGUGAGGGGUGGCAGUCCCUCGCCCACAAUGCUACGGACUUGCUUGGCCCAGAUGUGGACAGCUGUGAGAAGUAGCUGAACUGCAAGAACGACUUCUUAGCCAAGUACCUGAGCCAGGUGCUGCGGGACCUGCCCAGCUGCCCGUGCAGGUACCCACUGGAGGCCGGGUACAGUGCCGUGAGCCUGCAGGAUGAGCACCAGGGCCGCAGCUUCCACCAGGGCCGCAGCUUCCGAUGGAGGGACGCCAGCGGCCCUGGAAAGCGCCUGAUGUUUACCAGCCCACCCCACUUCUGCCUGCGCUCCCUGCUGUCAGUGGAGAGCAGUGUGCCGGCCGCCCAGCACUGCUGCUAUGACCAGGGCAGCCCUGCCGGGGCGCCCGACCUGGUCAGCACCGACUUCUCUCCCAAGCUGCACUUCAAGGUGGACACGCUGCCGUGGAUCCUGUGUAAGGGGGACUGGAGCCGCUACCACGCUGUACGGCCCCCCAAUAACGGCCGGGCCUGCGCCAACAACCCCCCAGAGGAGGAGUACCUGGCCCAGUUGCAGGAGGCCAAGGAGUACUGAUGGGGGCUGCUGGGUAGAGACCGCAGGGAGAGCUUUCCUUGCAGGCCCUCUCACCCCUGCCCAGGCCCAGUGAGAGCAAGGCUCACCGGGUGAGGCUGGGCUGGUGCUGCGUGCCCUCUGCCUGUGACCGAGAGGCAGGUCGGGGCCUCAGGUGUCACGGUGGGGUUGCGCAGAAGGUUGAAGGGGGUAUAGGGCCCCGGGUGAAGGGAGGGAGCCCAGCCCCCGAGGCCCCUGGGGCUGCACUGGAAAUGCAUGUGUACUCACUGUCUGCAGGGCCUUCCUCUCCUGCCUGCUGGGAGAUGCCCAGGCUGGCCACACGUUAUUCUCCCUUUCCUUCAGAGCUGGGCUCUCCUGCCCUGGCUCUGCACACAGGACACGUCCUGAUUCCCUGGACCUGCCUGAAUCGCUCAGCCAAGGAGGGGCAGGGGGACGAUAGGACAGCCAGUGCUCGUCAUCACAGCUGCCCUCUGCUGGGCUGACAUGCCACCUGUGGCCACCGCUCCCCAUCUCCAGGUGGUGCACGCACCCUUCUUGCCCACGUCCUGCCAGGAGCCACUGCACAGAAGGCUUGUCCUCAGUCCCAAGCCACCUUCUGGGGGGCAAUGUGACAGCUGGGGCGAGGCUGACUCCAGGCAGGGAGUGGGUCGGCAGUUCCGGUCCCUUUCCUUUGUUCAGGCCCCUCUGUUCUGCCCAGAUUGUAGGAAUGUGUGGGGCUGGGAGCUAGCUUGGCCCUGAGUGGGAAGGUGGCACAGCAAAUGGGCUCAGAACCGGCUCAGGAUGGUGUGUCAUGCACCAGGAGUGAUGGUCACCCAACUCUAUGGAGGGAAAAUGCUGAUUUGUAGCAUUUGGGCAACCUUUCCAUUGUAAACACUCCCAGCAAUGGCCCAUUUCAAGCUCCCAACAUCGCCAAAUGCUCUGAACUCAGAAUUGGGAAGAGACACGCAUAGUCUGUUCUCCCAGCACACCUCGUGCCUCUUCCCUGCCCUCCCUCAUCCCCAAGCCACACUUCCUUGCCUUCUGUGGGGUUGAAAUGUUGAAGUCCUAACUGUCCCUGUUCACAAAAGCCACCAAAAGGUAGGGGGCUUCAGUCCUAGGCAGCUGCCUUGAAGCUCUCUAGGAUCCUCAGCAAUAAAGCAUUUUAUUUUCAAAUUCUGCCUGAUGAAGAAUUUUGGACCCUGGCAGUACAGGGAGCCUUUGCUCACGGCCCAAGUCAAGAGUUGAGCCCCCAUAAAUUGUGUUUGUAGUUUACCUAACCCACAGCCAAGCUCCUUUUCUUUUCCUGAACCAGCUGGGCAGACAGAGCUCUUGGGAUGCCAGGGUUAGACUGUGAACAUCAGUUGUCCCUGUUCUAAGGGCUGCCAAGGAGCUGGCUGGACCUCAGAGGCACUGCACGUUCCCUCCGAACUUCGGUCAGAGAAGUAAAUUGCAUUUACUCCACGAGGAAGUGGCCCCAGUCCUCAAGUAACUUGCUGCGAGGGGAUCUGACGCGGAGUCACCCUAAGGACUGCACCUACGAGGUGAGAGGUGGACCUGUGCUCUGCCCUAGCUGGUACCUUUACCAGAUACUCCACUGUCACUGUCGACAUUGGGGAAGGACAGAGAGAUGCCAGGAAGUGCAGUGAAGGAAGGCAUGUCCAGAGCCACCACCUGGUGCUCAGAGAACUGUAUGUUUCCAAUUACGAUCACAUCUAAAGGUAAGCUUAUUAGUCUGGUCCAGGGCCACUGUCUAAAAAUACUUUAGUGCAACUAGAAUAUUAUAGGGUCAGAGAGAUCAGGAUCGCGAGGGUCACCAGAUGGGAGCCAUAUUCACCCUCAUUCUCUCGUUUUAGGAAUUCAAUAGGAUUAGCACAAGCAUUUUAAUUAUUAUUAUUUUUUUUUAGCAGAAGCUCCUUUUAAAUAGCAAGAUAGAGUCAUCCCAGUGUCUAUUUUCACAGGAACUGCUAAUUCUCCUCCUUUCUAAUACAGCUUACCUUGGACUUAACACAAUAUUUACUCUAUACCCAGUGGUUGUCCAUUACCCAGACAGAAUCUAGCCAGCCCCAUUUUAAGUCUGUAAUCUGAGUGACACACUAAAUUGCUACCAUGUCAGGCCACAGAUGAGAGAAACUAAAGAAAAGGGGCUGGGAGUAGGUCGGCUAUAAAAUAGUGUUUAUGCAAGCCAUGCAAAGGACACCGCACAGGUGGCGGCAGGCUUAAGGAACACCUGUGUGUGAGAAGCAGCACAAAUGAAGGGGUCGCUGAACCAGGUAAAGGGGGAUUUUAGGAGCGCCUGGUCUCAGAGCCAGGAGGAGGCCCAUGAAAUCAGAGAGGGCCCCUGCACCCCAUCUGGUCCAGUCACAUCACUGGCUUGAUUGCUGUUCUUCCUGCUCCGAACACCAGGAGCCAUCUGUGGCCACCAUGGUCUAUUUCCUCCUUAACAGCCGUCCCAGCCAUCGAGGUGGUUUUACCCAAUCCUCUGCCCCUCUCCCCCACAGUUUGCCUCGUAUAGAAUACUGCUCAAAUUGAGUUCUUACUAGGGUUUAAAAUAACCAACAGUACAGAGCCUGCUGACCUCUUUCUCCUGGAAGACAGCAUGUUUCAGAUCCUUUGCCCCAUUAUUCACAAGGGGAACCCAAAUGUGCUUCCUUGGCUCCUCUGUUACAAUGAGAUUGUCUUAGCAUGUUAAGGUACUUCUCAAAGUGCAUCUCUAAUGCCAGAAUCCCCUAUUUAUUAAAAUGUUUGUAGGCCACACCCCACAUCCACUGAGUAAGUUUCCCUAGGAGUAGAGUCUACUUUUCUGCAACAGGUUCUCCCAGGUGGUUCCUAGGCAUGGAGAACCCUUGGUCUAAUGUUUGACAUUCAGACUAAAAUUAACCAGCUUUUCAAAAUAUCACUUCUGGCUUAAGGGAAAACACUUGGGCUUUCGAGUCCAAAGUCAGCAGGCACCACUUGCUAAGUGACGCCAGGUGCCAGUGUUUCUACACCAUCUCAGAUGCUCUCAGAUGGUACCUAUUAUACCCAUUAUACCGGUAAGGAAAUUUGUCUAAUUUGUUGGUAAGUGGAAAAUUUAUCAUUCAAAUCCAAGUCCAAGUCCAUGGUUUUAUUUUUAGCUACACCAUUUUGCUUUUUAGGCUCAGACGGCUAACUGAAAUGGCAGUGGGAAGAAUUCCAUAGCCAUCAGUACUAGGGACGUUCCUGCUACUGAGUGUGCUGUGUGGCAGGCUCUUAGCCCGGCAUUGUGGUUUUUGCUGGGAUGUUUGUAAUCUAUGCUUCAGAUUUUUUCCUGAAUAUUCUGGAACAGGUAACUUUCCAGCCAGGUGUGAAAGAAAGGGCUCCAGUUUUUUGUUAAUGGUCUCGGUAUAGGAGGCCAUGUUAGGAGGGGCCCAUUGAUUUGAUUUACAUGAGUCCAGGUUCUUCAUCAAAAGGCAUUGUUUUGCAUCCUUAAGAGGCAGGGGUAAUGCUGAAUUAGAUGUGAAUAGUUAGUUCAGCAGUUUUCUAAUUCAAGCCAAAGUUGGCUUGGGAGCAGGAGGGUCUAAACGAUCCAGGUCAGAACUCUGAUUUUCUGCUCUAACUACAAAGUUUUGGUCAAGUCAUGUUGGUAGGAUUAGCCUGCAGGCCUUGCUGCCACCUAAUAAAACAGGCAAAAAUAGAUUAAGGAAAUAGCUAUAGCUGCAGGAAGUAGUGACUGGCUUAGAGGGUACUGACUUGCUGGAGUGCAGGAAGCCAGGGCAAGGCUUAUCCAGGAAAGUGACUCUGUUCAGGUAGUUACCUCAUCCUGCAGUGUGGCAGUCUAAUUCCACUAGAAUGAUCCCCAACAUUUGCCAUAUGGUCAGUACUCAACAAACUUAAUAGUACCAGACAUUUAAAAAUACUCAAAAGGAGCCAGGUGUGGUGGUUUACGCCUGAAGCCCAGUAACGAGAGGCUCAAGUGGGAGGAUCAUUAGAGGCCAAUGAUCAAGACCAGCCUGAGCAACAGAGCAAAACCAUGU